GCGAACAACCAUUUCAACUAUGGCACCCACUCCUCUGUGUCUGUUAACUCAGGACUGAAACUCUCCUCAGGGGAUUCUGUCUAUACUAACGGGUCCUCCAUGAGUUCCCUCAGCAGGAGAAGAAGAAUUUGGCAGUAUGUCCAACUGGCCUCACAACCGCAGACCAUGUGUAACCACGCCAGCCCAGGACCACCACAUCUGGCUUCAUUACCUGCAGGAUUUCUGAGACCAGCCCACCGGACAGCUGAUAUAUGAACGGCGAAAUGAAUGUGAAUGACAAGCACUACUGUAAUUGGGUCCAGUGUGCCUGGCCUCCACCCACCAAACAGCCCAUACCCUCAUAUGAGCAACCACCACCACCAGAGUAGCAUGGGCUACGACUACCUGUGGGGAGGACAGCCACAGUACAGCCCAGCCAUGAGCUUGUCUCCUGGGCAUGGCAURCACCAGAAGCAGCCUCCCACUGGGGUGAUGCAGCAACAGAGCCAGCAGCAUUUCCAGGGUCACGGACAGUACCAACUGAACGGGGGCAUGCCUGGGUCCCGUCAGCCGCCCCCACCAAACAUGACUCUUACAGGGGGCCAGUACUGGAACAGGGUUAUCCCGGGGCAACAGCAGAGCAGCGCAGCCAUGGCAAUGGGGUAUAACUCGCACAGCGUGUACGGGGCCUACCAGAGCCAGGUGCACUCUGGGAUUGCACCCUCACAGCAUCACCAGCAGCAGCCUCCACAGCCACCCUCUCACCAACAGACACAGCAACACCACCACCACCACCAGCAGCAGCAACCUCAGCACUACAGCAUGGUGUCCAAUGGGAUUCCCUACUACCAGCACCAGCCCCAGCACCCACCUCUUCCCGCUCCACAACCUCAGGCUCAGAUGAUGCCCCCUACCUCCCAGAAUUUCACCCCUCCACGGGGAAGCCCCCAGCACCACCAGAUGGGCCGGGGGGGCACAGGCAGCCCCCUCCCCAUGGCGGUGUCCUCUGUCCCCAUGAUGUCACCCUCGACAAUGGCGGAUAGUGGAUCGCCCCAGAGCCAGACCAGGGAGAGGAGUCCCCAUGGUGGUUCUGUAGCGAUGCCGGCUGUCAUGCAAGGGCGGAUGAGUGAAGCGUUUAAGGAUGUGGAUAAAGGCUACAAUGGGAUGGAGAGGGCGUCUGUCGCCCAGCGGCUGCCUAAAAGCGACAGCUACCCUCCCAAGCUCCAUGGACCUCCCAUGGGGCCCACCAGUGACUACUGCCAGCGCUCCAAGCAGCCAAUGGCCCAGCACCAUGAAAUGACAACCUUAGCGAGGGAGUCUGCRCUGCCUGAGCCUCCACACUCGAUGUCGGCGCCUCCCCCUGUGGUUUCCACACCUCCUUCAGCUAAGGCAGCAACCCCUCCUAGGGUCUCUGCACCUCCUGCAGUGUCUAUGGCUCAUAUGAAUCCCUCAGGGCCUCCUGCUGUUUCAUCUUCCUCCGUUACUUCUACGUCUCCCCGAAACUCAGCGCCUCCCGUGUACUCUGCUCCUUCUCCCCCUGUGCUCGGGCCUCCUCCCAGGCUGUCGUCACCGCCUCUGAUGUUACAAGGCCUAAGACCUUUUCCAGUGUCUGUGUCCACACUUCCAUCAGUCGUAUCGCCUCCCUCCUCAGUGUCUGCACCUCCUCCUAAGCCACCUGCAUUUCCUCCUUUACUGGACAAAUCCUCUAGACCUCCAUCUGUGUCUGCUCCCAAUCCAGUCAGUGCGCCUACCCCAGUGUCUGUGGCACAUCAGACUGCUCACACUACAUCUGCACCUCCUGCAAUGGUCUCGCCUUCUACCAUGGUGUCUGCUCCCCCGCACUCCAUGUCUGUGCCUAUCUCUGCUCUUCAACAGAUGGUCCAAGGAUCCAGACUACCUCCUCUGACUUCUUCUCCCCCUGCUUUAUUUGGAGCACCUAGAGAGAAAUGUUGGACUUCGUCAUCAAUGUCUGCAUCUGCGCCUUCCCCAGCGGUGUCUACUCCCUCGGUGGCAGUCAUGGCACCUCCCUCAGCAGUGUCCAGGCCUCAUUCGGCAGUCAGUUCAUGUUCUAUAUCAGUGUCCUCACUUUCUCAAUCAGUGUCUACUUGUCCCCCAGCAGUUUCUGCCCCUCUCACAGUGUCUGUGUCUGUAGUGUCCUCCUUUCCAAAGGAGGUGUCAAUGCCUCCUCUAACAGUCCAAGGCCCUAGAGCUCUACCUUUGUCUGGACCUCCUCCUCUCACAUCCCAAACCUCCAGAGCUCCUCCAUUGUCUGAGCCACCUGCCUUGAUGUCUGUGCCUCUUGCAGUGAUGACUGCUCCUCUUGUGGUCCCAUCUGCGCCUCUACUAUCUGCCCCUCCUCCACAAGCUCCUAAACGGAUGGUUCCCACAGAGCCAGAGGAGCGAUGCAUGGGGAACAUGAAGGAUCUCUCUGUAGAAGCAGACACAGUCAAAACAUCAUCAAAGAUUGAUUCCGCAGGGUCUCCGACUCGUCAAUGUGAAAAACACUCAAACAAACCCCUCACAGUUAUUCCUGGGACGACACUGCACCCCAAGAACCAAGAGGACUCCUCUGGGGACCAAGUUUGUGCUGAGAAAAAUGACACCACCCCGAUGAGAGGUGCAGACAUUCCCCUGGAGAAGGGAAGUCUGGAUGACAUCUGUGUGAUGGAUGAGUCAACAGUUGAUGAGUCCUUUGACGAGUCCUUGCAGGCGGAGUCCAUACGCCUCGACAGCACCAGGAUGGAAGACGCCAGCUUCACUGAGGAAGAUGACAUCAGUAACAACUCGUCAUUCGACGAUGCCUCUCGGUUUGACGAUACUUCUGGACUUGACGAUACCUCUCGCAUGAAUUACACAUCUCGAUUGGAUGACAUCUCUCGCGUGGAUGGUGAUAACUCUCGGUUUGACGAUACCUCUCGCACGGAUGAUGACAUUUCCCGCUUUGAUGACAGCUCUCGCGUAGAUGGCAACAAAUCUCUAUUUGACUACAGCGCUCGCAUGGAUGACAGCGCUCGCAUGGAUGACAGCGCUCGCAUGGAUGACACAUCACAUGUUGGAGACACUACAAUGGAUAGCAGCUUCUCCUCUGUGGAGGACUCUAGGGAAUUGACUCUGGAUGAUACCCAGUCAGAGAACGUUUCUCGGGCAGAGGAGACCAUGGACAGCUGCCUGAGCACCAAGGAGUCCAUGCUGGAGUCCUCUCUGAACAACACCUCUCAGAUGCAGGACUCCAGUGUUGACUUGUCCCAAAAUGACAUCUCUCGGUCAAGCUCAAAUGGCCCUGCCAAACCAACCCCAGCCUACAAAGGUGACCGUGAGGCGGAGGUCUGGGAUAUACCAGACUCCACUGGCACCACCAGCACCAAGGCCAGUGCUGCUACCAUCAUGGCACCAUCUGUUAUCAUGGAUAAAGGCAAGCACACAGCGGCUCUCAGUGCCCUGGUGGAAAGCCUGGUUGGAGCCCCGCUCCUGCCCCUAGCUGCCCCAGCCGUGCCCACGACUGGCCAAAAGACCAAAACACCAAGGAAACCCAGGAAGCCACGCACUCAAGCAGCCUCCAUUCCCGUUCCCCAGGCCCCUGGGAAAGCCCAGCGGAAGUCUGCUAUUAAAAUUCCAAAGGUAGAGAAGAUAAAGGUAGAGAGGAGGAGGAAGAAGAAGAAGCUUGAGGUAGGAGAGAACAAGGAAAAGGGACCACCUAGAAAGAGAAAGAAGAAGAUUGAACCAGUAGCAGCCACAGGAGAGCCUGAACAUUCUGCUGAAGGCCUACUUCCUGGUCAAAGUGGACCAGUCACUACCAUUGGUAAACCAUGUCUGACCAGUGGCGAGACCCCACCAGUGAUCAAACCCAAGAAAGUUAGAGUCAAGAAAGUAAGUGUUCUGGAGCCGAAGCCACACAAAAUAACAAAAAUGGACAUUGACACUAAACCCAAUGAUGAUGACAAUAACGUCAACGACGGAGACGACAGUUCCACUGCCGGUGACACUCCUAGAAGGAGGAUAGCAACAGAGGAGCAGGUCUACUUCCCUCUGCUCCACGGCUGGAGGAGGGAGAUCCGGGUCAAGAAGAAUGAGGACCGACUCAAGGGGGAGACCUGGUACUACAGCCCCUGUGGGAGGAGGAUGAAGCAGUUUCCUGAAGUCAUCAAGUAUCUGAACAGGCACCAGGACACUGCGGUGACAAGGGAACACUUCAGCUUCAGCCCCCGCAUGCCCGUAGGAGACUUCUACGAGGAGAGGGACUCCACUGAGGGAGUGAAAUGGUGCCUACUGGCCAAUGAGGAGGUGCCCUCCAUGAUCAUGGCCAUCACAGGCCGACGUGGCCGACCUCCGAACCCUGACAAAGAGAUGCCCCGGCCCCGAGCUCGUCGUACCAAGGGUGGGCCAGUCCGAAAGCCCGGGAGGCCGCCCAAACCCAAGAUGGCGGACCUGCUGAGCAAGGUGGACGCCAGAAUGCUGAAGAGGCUAGAGGCCAAGGAUGGUCUGACUGAGGAGGACAAGGAGAAACUUGUCAAAAUCAAGAAGAAAAUGAAGAGAAAGGCAAGGAUGAAAAGAAAGGAGGAUAACAAGAAUAAAAAGAUCCGACAGGAGAAAAAGCAAGCGAGGCUGGACAAAGAGACCAAGGAGGUGAAGGCUGAACCAGCCGACCAGGAGGCCUCACAGUCGGCCCCACCACAGCUACCCGCCCCUGAGCCCAAGAAGCGCGGCCCUAGGAAGAAGGUUGAGGUGCCGCCACCGGUUGUGGAGACGGACCAGGAGAGGUUGGCCAAGGGGAAAAGGGUGCUGGGGGCCAGGAGUAAGGCCAAGGCCCUGGCUAAAGCCCAGGCAGAGGCGGAGGCUGCAGCCCAGGCAGCCCUGGCAGCUAAGAAGCAGGUGGAGAGGAGGGCCCAGGCCCAGAGACGGCUGGAGGAGAGGAGGAGACAGCAGAUGAUCCUGGAGGAGCUGAAGAAGCCCACUGAGGACAUGUGUCUCACAGACCACCAGCCCCUUCCGGAGCUGUCUCGGAUCCCUGGCUUGGUUCUUUCUGGCGUGGCCUUCUCCCACUGCCUGGCUGUGGUGGAGUUCCUGUACAGCUAUGGCAAAGUGCUGGGCCUCCACAUCCCCAGUGAUGUGCCUAGCCUCAGCACCCUGCAGGAGGGCCUCCUGGGCCUGGGAGACAGUCAAAGCGAGGUCCAGGAUCUGCUCAUAAAGCUGGUGGAGGCCGCACUACACGACCCAGGCCUGCCACCCUACUACCAGUCGGUGAAGAUCCUAGGGGAGAAGCUGGUGGACCUGGAGCUGACUCGCAGCACAGUGUCUGAGGGCCUGAGGAUCUUCCUGGAGUCCCAUGGCUUUGACAUGGAGGUGUGCAACGUGCUGCGGACCAAGACCUUCCUCACCCUCAACCCCGACACCAAAGCUGCCAUCCUGGGCUUCCUGGUGGAGGAGCUCAACGGCAGCAACAUUGUCAUAAGUGAGAUUGACAACACACUGGAAAACAGGGCUACUUACAGGAAGAAUAAGUGGAUCAUCGAGGGGAAAUUGCGCAAACUGAAGGCAGCUCUAGCACGGCGUACGGGGCGGUCUGAGGAGGAGCUCUAUCUAGAGGAGAGGAGGCGCAGUGCCAGGGUGGCAGAGGAGGAGAACCUCAGUCUGGAAGAGGGCAGCGGCCCCAUGGAGAGGGGCAGCCGCCGCCGCACACCCAAGGAAGAGCCCAAACUGAGUGAAACUGACAGUCCCACCAACGCCAGCAUUCCAGAGUUGGAGAGGCAGAUCGAUAAGCUAACCAAGCGACAGGUGUUUUUCCGUAAGAAGCUGCUCCAGUCCUCCCACUCCCUGCGGGCGGUGUCUCUGGGCCAGGACCGGUUCCGCCGGAGAUACUGGCUCCUGCCCCACCUGGGAGGGGUGCUGGUGGAGGGGCCUGAGGAGAUCCUAGCAACAGAAGAUAUCCUGGUGAAGGAGGUGCCCGUCACUCUUCUGAAGAGGGAACCCAAAGUGGAGGAGAUGCCCACUACCACCCCUGCCCCCCCUGCCUCCUCUCCCCAGUCCCAGACCUCCUUGCCCCCUAAAGAGGACCCUCUCCCCGGCACCGCCUCUCUUAUGAGCAGUCCCAGGGCCCGGGGUCGCCCCCGCAAGAUCAAACCAGAGGUGGAGCUACACCUCCGCACCGCCAAGUGUCGCCGCCGUCGCCGUAGCAGCAAGUCUGGCGGGGAGGAGUCGGUGCCAGGCGUUUCCCCGGAGACCACCACCACCAAUAGAACAGAAGACCUCACUCAGUCCGCUUUCAGUAACUGUCUCAGCCAAUUGCAGGGCGCCUUAACCAAUGGGACGGAGCCAGCAACAGGGACGGCACCUAAAGGCAGACUACCAGAGGAUAGCGUGAAAGAGAUGGCGGAGAAACAGGGGCAGUGGUUCAACCUGCUGCCAAAACAGCCUUGUGACAAAACCUCUCUGACAGAACCUCAGACCCCCCCCAGCAAGGAACCCAAGCACCUCCCUCUGACCCCCAGCACCCUGCCCGCCCUUGCUGCUCCACUGCUGCAGGUGAGUCCCCCUCAGCCCCCUGCACACUCUUCAGGACCCUCAUGGGAGAGAACACUCAACUCUGUACCAGACCCCACACCCCAGGUGACCCCCAGCCCAGCCAAACCAGGGCGCAGGCGGAGGAGGGGAGGCAGUCCCGCCCGCAGGGUUGGAGCUAGAGCGGCUGCAGCUAAGCGUCGUGGCCGCCCUUCUUCCACACUCUUCCAGGAGACAGAGCAACAGUACUUCACUCAGCUCGUGGUCAAGCCCAUUCCAGCAUCAAUGGUGCGUGGCUGGUGGUGGAUAAAGGAGCCUGAGGACCUGACGGCCACCCUGCAGGCCCUGCACCCACGAGGCAUCCGGGAGAAGGUGCUCCACAAACACUUGGCCAAACAUAUGGAGUACCUGGCUGAGGUCUGCACACGGCCCAUCAACGACCCUAUAUUCCAGGUGAAGGUGAAGGAGGGAGAGGCCCUGUUAGAGUCCCUGCAGCAGCCAUGGCAGGUCCAGGAGCGGGCCCUGGAGACAGAUGUCGGAGCCCUCCGCUGGGUGGAGGACCUGGAGCAGAGGGUCAUUGCCGCCGACCUGCAUCUCAAGAUGGCUCCUCAGAAUGGAAGGAGCGACACUGACAAUAACACGGAAACGCCAGCCGCAGGAUUCCAGCCCUACACAGUUCCAGAGGUGGACUCCACACGUGAAGACCUGCAGUACUACGAGCAUGAUGUGGACCCCCGGGACGACUGGAUCGUGCGGACCAAGAAGGAGUGGUCAGACCUGCCCCGUGUGGCCAGCCACCCGCUGGACCUGGCCGUCCUGCGCCUGGCCAACCUGGAGAGAAACAUCGACCGGCGCUACCUGAAGGAGCCCCUCUGGAACCUGGCCGAGGUGGUGCGUCUCGCCCCCCUCACCCCCGAGGAGAGCCAGAUGGGCCAGAUGGACGUCAUGAGUCUGGAGAGUGAGAUCACCCCCAGAUUGCGGACAUGGCGUCAGGCCCUGGACCGCUGUCGGAGCGCCCCCCAGCUAUGUCUGUGUCUGCUGCAGCUGGAGAAGGCCAUCGCCUGGGAGAGAUCUGUGGUCAAAGUGACGUGUCAGGUGUGCAGGAAGGGGGAUAAUGAUGAGUACCUGCUGCUGUGUGACGGCUGUGACCGUGGCUGCCACAUGUACUGCCUGAGGCCAAAGGUCACCCAGGUGCCAGAGGGGGACUGGUUCUGCCCCACCUGCGUCUCCAAGGCCAGUGACGGUGAGUCACCACGUAGCAACCAUCGCUCCUCCAAGCAGAGGACCCGGGUGAAGAAGAGGAGGUACGAAGACGACAGUUCUGACGAAGAGGCGGUGCCAAGCAGACGCAGCGGCGGUGGUGCUAGCAUGGCAACACGGCAUAAGGACGGUGGCCCUGCCUCAUCCUCCCGUUACUCUGGAGAUGGAGGACGCACAGCGGGCUUCUCACCCGCCAAGCGCCGCCGCAUGACCACCCGCAACCAGCCCGACCUCACCUACUGCGAAAUCAUCCUGAUGGAAAUGGAGUCUCAUGCUGACGCCUGGCCCUUCCUGGAACCCGUCAACCCCCGCGUGGUGCCCGGCUACCGACGCAUCAUCAAGAACCCCAUGGACUUCCUCACCAUGAGGGAGAGGCUGCUGCAGGGAGGGUACUGCAGCUGUGAGGAGUUUGCAGCAGACGCCCAUCUGGUGUUCAACAACUGCGAGCUGUUCAACGAGGACACGUCCGAGGUGGGCAUGGCCGGACACUCCAUGAAGCGCUUCUUCGAGAACCGCUGGGCUGAGUUCUACGCGAGCAAGGACCAAUAGGAGCCCAGGACUCUUGUGCUGGGGGCGGGGUCACCCAUUGGCUGAUGCUUACGCUCCCCGUUACUACGAAGACUGUCUGGGCCGGAGUACCCUCCGGCUCGCUGUAUACAUAUAUGUAUAGAUCUAUGUAUAGAUUUGGAUAUUUGUCUGUUCUUGUUUUUCCCUUUCUCUGCUUCACCUUUUUUUUUUACCUUGACCCUGUUGGCUUGAAAUUCUCUCGACGAGGGGGAUGUUUGAGCUCUUUUCUUCCCUCCUUCCCUCUGCACCCUCACUUCUGUACCUAGCCACCUGUUUGGAAUUUUCCUGUUGUCAUGUUCUCUCCUAAGCCACACCCCUUGUCUCAUAAGGCCACGGUAUUCGUCCAUCCCUUCCUCUGGGGGCGGGAGGAGGGUCGGAGGCCCUGAGCGGAUUGGGUUCUCAAACUCUGCCCUCUGACCGCGACAGGAGGUCUGCCAGACCAAUGCGUCACUGCAGACCGGACAUGCUCUGACCUCGUUUCCACCAUAUAGAUCAAAACCCUAAGGUCCUCUGAACUCAAACACUUUGGGAUUGGACCCUCUUAACUGUUCAAUGGAAAUGUAGUAUGGUCUUAUACCUGAAGCAAUUUUUCUCACUAUAUUUUUAUUAUAUAUUCUAUAUAUGUGUAUAUAUAUAUAGAGUACAAUAGCUGGGAUUAUUUAAUAGCAAUAGCUUGUAGUGAAUGUGUACAGACUAUAUAGUUGAGAUGUCUAGACGAUUUAUGAAAAGGCCAGUAAAACAAAAUGGAAAGGAGUGUUUUUUUGUGUUUUUUYCCCCCCGGAAGACCCACAUUUUUAGACUCUUACAUUGUGUAACGCAACCCCUGACCUAACUCAUACACACCCACACUCCUGCUGCUUUGUGAAGGUCACUGGUUUCAGAAACUGGAGGCUUUAGUGUUUUUUUUUUCUGUCCUGUUUUUAGACCCUUUUUUUCCUUCUCCAUAAUGACAACUAAGACCGGUAGUCACAGCAACGGGAAUUGUCAGGUGUGGUGUGUUCAUAGAUGGUGUCAAUAGCACUGAAAUGACGCUACCGCCAUUAUUAAACGCUGUUUGCUUUGUGUUGCAGCUCUUUACCAUAUUGGUCAAAUUGUGCAGAAAGCUAGCAGGCUGCUGAAAUCUUAUUGGGUGACUGUUCGCCAACAAAAUGAUGUCACGUUUUUUAGCGACACCCGUUCAUGGGAAGAAUUGUUUUGAUUUUACUGAAAAUUGUCACUCAAUAUUUCUUACAAUGCUUUUCUUUUCUUUUUUUUUACUAAAUUUAAAGGACCUUCAUAGGAAUUUGGUUAACACUGAAAAUGUUCAGUCUCAUCAAUUUCAAAUGAACGUAGAAACAUAAACUUCAUACAAGAAAUAAUACCCCCCCCCAUAAAAAAUAUUUAAAAAAUAAAAGCUUGAUAGCUUGAUGUAACCAUUUAAAAUUGGGGAGAAGCUAUAACUCUUAUUUUUAUKAAUACUGCAGAAUAACAGUAAAUAUGCAUUGAGAGGUUUUCUGCUUGUAGGUUUCUGAAUCUUGGCAGUUAAGCGCAGGAACAGGUAUCACUUGUGUGUUAGGAGAAACAUUUUGUUCUAGACACCUACUGAUUAAAAGCCUUCAAAA